AUGGCAGAUAAAGAUUCAACUGAAUACGUUCAGAAGGGUUCCCCCCUGGAGCCUAAUGUUGUGGGCCAAGAGCAAUUUAAGAUAGCCGGUACUGGUUUUUCCAGUCCUUCUGGAGAAACCUUAUGGAUGAGAGUCAUUUAUAAUGCACUAAUAUUAUUAGUAGUUUGUUUGGCCAUUAUUGCCUUCUUCUGGGGAGCAUUAUAUGAUAGCGAAGGGAAGUUAGGCAACAUUAAUAUAUCCGUGCUAAUACAAGAUGAAGGUGAUAUUGGUACCAAUUUGGGAAAUCUUGUAAAAGAAGUACCAGGUCAUUGGUUGGUUCACGGCAGUCCCUCUGAAUUUAGAGAUUAUUAUCACUUGAGUGCGGACGCUGAUAUUGAUGCUGCUGUUCAUAAUUUGGUUCAUAAAGGCGAUGUAUGGAUGGUGCUAAAUGUUAAGCCGGGCGCGACUGCUGCUUUAACGAACUCUUUAGUAAAUACAUCGGCACCUGUGUUUAAUUCUUCAGAAUACUUUGAAGUAUUUUAUGAAUCUGGAAGGGAUAUUACAGGGUUCAAGGCUUCUAUCUUACCAAUUAUGUUAAAGUUAGAGAAAAAGUUUGAAUUCUACUAUAACGCAAAUUAUCUACCCUCUUUGCUAGGUUCCAUGUCUGAUCGUAUCGAACUUCCCUCUAAUAGCUAUAAUUUAGCUAUGGCUGGCCGUAUGGAUUGGCAACAAGUGGACUAUAGACCAUUCGAUAAUAUCAUAUUGCUUGGUCCAUUGCAAAUUGGUUUAAUUUAUAUCAUUUUAUUGACAUUUUUCCAACUAACAUUAUUUGGGCCUAUCUACAAGCAAUUAAUAGCCAGAUACCAACCUUACCGUGUUAUGUUAUAUCGAUAUAUGAUGUCUUGGGCUUUAUACGGCCUGUUAGCUCUAUGCUUUAAUGCUAUGUCAGCCAUUUAUAAGAUUGAUUUUACACGAGCCUAUGGUAAAGUUGGGUUCCUUGUUAGCUGGCUAACCACUUGGUUAUGCAUGGUCGCCAUAGGUGGGGCAAAUGAAAACAUUAUAUCAUUAAUAUCCGCAUUCCAGCCACGGUUUAUUGGUCUUUGGUUGAUGUCCUGGAUAAUCAUUAACAUCUCUCCUACCUUUUUCAAUAUGGAUUUACAAUCUAGGUUCUACCGGUAUGGUUAUUUUACACCAAUUUUUAAUACCAAGGAAUGUUUAAAGGUGAUUUUUCUAGAUUUAGACCAGGAUUACCUUCCUAAAGCAUAUGGAAUUCUCUUGGCAUGGUGUGUGGUUAAUAGCAUUUUGUUCCCAUUUGUACUAAAAGUAUUGCAAGUAAAGAGCAGGAAAAGUAUGUAA